AUGAAAAUGGUCGUGAAAUAUCGCGAAUACGUCCUAGCGGGCUUUGGUGGUUUUGUCGCUUGGGGUUUCGCUGUUCACUGGCUCCCUGUUCUUAGGUAUCUUGGAUAUGCCUUAGUUCUGGGGGCCUUCCUCUCGUCUGCCGCUAUCUUCGGCGUUGUACUCCUCACUUCGCGAAACUCGACUUCGUCCAAAACCAGCCAGUCUAAGAACCUACCCGUCGCAUUCGUCGCACGCCGGCAUUGGCAGAAGGAGGUCCAAGGGUUACAGAAGCACUCCAAGUAUCAUGCGGAGUCACUAUAUCCACAGUCGUUCAUUGUGUCCGAAAGCAUCGAUGAGAUGCUCUCGCUUAUAUCUCGCGACUUCGUCUCGUCAUGGCACCGCGGAAUCAGCCCGAACCCCACUUUCCCUAAUGAGGUGGACAAAGUGAUACGGACAGCAAUUGGGAACCUGCGCGAUCGGCUACUGGCAGAGGAUAUUGUAUCCCUUAUCGUCUCUCGAAUAUUUCCUAUCUUUACUACACAUCUGAAGGAGUUCGAUAUUGCGGAGCGAUCUGUACGAGGAAAGAACUUGACUCGCAAUGUCACUGAAUCUGAAGAGUUGGAUCUUGCUAUCGCAAGCAAAUACCGUGAUGGCCAUUUACACCCGGCCGCAGUCCUUUCUUUAUCCGACCAAAAAAUAGUGGAACAAGAUUAUUUGCGCAAACUAACCGUUGGAUUACUGCCCCAAUUGUUCCCAGAGAGUGUCCUUAGUAGCCGCAUCGUCUCGGUACUCGUUAGGGAAGUUGUUUCUUGCGCUAUCCUCUUUCCACUUGUAUCGGCGAUCUCGGAUCCGGAUACGUGGAAUCAACUGAUGGAAGCUUAUGGUCGAACUGCUCUUCAGGAUCGGAAAACUGUACGCAAGCUCCGGGCUGCCUUGGACGAACAUGCAUCCCCCGCUCCCAAAUCGAAACGCGGUCAUCCUUUCCCGCGUCUCUCGCCAAACGAUUCCGAGCGAGCCUUUGAGCGGUUUGUCCGAACUAUUCGACGCUGCAGUAACCUGUCCGACGCCCGGCGAUUCAGAGCUCUUGUAGCCAGUCAGUUGAAACGAGAGUUGAUGGUUGAAGGGCAAGACCCAGUCUACCUUCGGCGACUCGAAACUGGAAAAAGGGUUCUGGAUCAGAAGGUGGCCAAACUUUCUACUCCUAAUGACCAGUCGUCUCAUGCCGCUGCUGCAGUUUCACAUUUCCGACGCAAGAGCUCAUCAGCGGCCCAGGAAGCGUCUCUGGUUGAUGUGAUGCAUGACGCAUCGGGCCUAUCAUAUUUUAUGGAGUUCAUGGAUCGUCAACAUCUCAUGUCUCUGGUGCAAUUCUGGAUCGUGGUUGACGGGUUUCGUAACCCCCUUGAGGACGACUUCGGCGACGAGUCAUCGCCCAGCUCUAAAACAUGGACGACCUCGGACAGGAAUGACAUGGCCCUAAUUAGCGAGACAUACCUGACAAAACCUGAACUGAAGGUGACAGAAGAAUCUCGUCAAAUUGUGAAAGCCUUUCUAAGUGCAGGAAAGCGCGCCACCUCCGAACAAUAUCGUAAAGCUCGCAUGGUGAUAUUGACCACCCAGUCUGCUGUGCUGGAAGGGUUGCAAGAUGCUUAUUACCCGAAGUUCAAGCAGUCAGACCUAUACUAUAAAUAUCUAGCGCUCGAUGACGGCUCACAUAGUAGCGGCGUCGCUGUGCCGUCCCUGUCAUCUCAACAAACCCCUGUGGGUACCCUCGAGAUUCGGGAAAGACGCCCUCUUCCCCCAUUGAUAAACCGCACAACGUCACAUCCGGGUUCCAAGCCGAAAAGGGAUCUACGAAGAGCUGCUAUUUCAUCGAAUGACGUACCCAGCUUAGGGAAACUCUUUGACGACGAAGAGCCAGUGAGGCGGUCAAUAGACUCUGAGCGUUCAGCGCCACUGUUCGACGAUGACUACGAUACAGAUCCGCUUGCCAUGUCCACCCAGAGCCUUAAUCAAAACAUUCCACACGGCGAUUCUGAGAACAAUGAAAACAGAAUAAUUGAAAACAUGGAGGCGGCUCUGAAUGACAUUAUCACGAAUGAGCCUAAACAUGGGAAACUAGAAGAAUUACCUUCCAAUGAUCCGAACCAAAAAUCGCCUCGCAGUUCGAUUGACAUUCCUACAGCGGAUGGUCGAGGGGACGAUAGAUUGAAGCCCAGCAUCGCCUCCUUGGGGCUUUUGGAUGGGACAUCACGCCGCGGAGUGUUUGAUGACGACCUUUUUCCUGAGCAGCAAAAGUACCUUGAGGAUGAAUACGAAGAGCCAGAAGGCGCGGACGCCAGAGAUUCUGCGGACGAGGUUCAUGAAGCAGCACCAGGUGAUCUAGGAUUGACGGAAGCAAUUCAAGCGCUCACGACAGACAUUGAGAAACUCGGGUCGCAAGAGGCGGUGGUCGACACCUUAACUCGAAAGGCCGAACUCACGAACAAUACAGCGGAGUUACGGAUUCUACGAAAAUCUAAGACAAGCAUUCAACGAGAGCUUCACCGCAAAGAUAUGCAACGACAACAGUAUAUGAUCCAGGAGAGUGACAAUAGCCUGUAUGGCCGGUCGAGCAUCCGAAUCAAGUCCAUUGUAGUGGGAAAAGAAGAGGAUGGUCGAGAAUUUGCUUUGUAUGUUGUUGAAGUACAAAGAAAUGCUGGGGAGCAAAUGCCAGCGGCAUCCUGGGCAGUCGCACGCAGAUAUAGCGAGUUUCACGGACUUCACCAUCAAUUACGCAUACAAUACCCAUCUGUGCGCCAGCUAGAGUUUCCCCGGCGGCGAAUGGUCAUGAAGCUUCAAAAGGAAUUUUUACAAAAACGACGCUUGGCUCUCGAGGCGUAUCUUCAGAAGUUAUUGCUUCUUCCAGAAGUAUGUAGGAGUCGUGACUUACGCGCCUUUCUCUCUCAGCGAGCCAUCAUCCCACGCAACGAGGCACCGCCAGAUGGGGAGACAAAGGACCUAGUGACCCGUAUAUACAACUCUGUUGCCGACGGAAUGGAUGAUUUCCUCGGGAAUUUCGGCGUCCUCGACCAACUCUCAAUUGCUGGACAAAAUCUCAUUUCUGCCGCCACCAGUCAACAACAACAACAACCAUCUACCGUUGUAACAACGGCGGCUAACUCUGGCCUUGCGACUGAAGAUGCCGUGACGACCGCCGAAGCUGAGGCCGAGCUAAAUGCCUUUGAAGAUCGCGAACUGGAGCCUUUUAUUAAGCCCAUCUGCGACCUCUUUCUAGAAACCUUCGAGCUCAACAAGGGCAAUAAUUGGCUCCGUGGCCGUGCAGUCGUGGUCGUGCUCCACCAGCUUCUCGGCGGUACAAUUGAGCGUAAAGUCCGCGAGGGCGCGCGCUCUUUAGUCCAAGACGAACAUCUCCUACGCUACCUAGCUCUGGCAAAGGACACACUCUGGCCUGGUGGGGCUUUCCGCCAGAAUAAGGUCCGCACGGCCUCGGAGCGUCUCAAGAGCCGGACAGAAGCUAGUCUAGUCCUUGCAACACUUGUACCAGAUUUAGCGGGCAAUGUAGUCGGCCGCGCAAAUGCCCAGGCCGCGGCGAGGAGAAUCUUCGCAACACUGAAUAACAAGCGAUUGAACGCGCAUUUGAUCUUCACACUUUUAGACGAGAUCGUCUUGGUCUUGUUCGGCGGCGACAAAGCCACUGGGCGAAUUCGACCGUGA